AUGGUACAUGGACCUUGGAUUAAACCAUUUACUCUCUCGUGCAGGCAUGUCUUCAUUGACCUACCUUGCUAUGCAAGUUAUAAUCAGUUCUUUGGCCAGAUUCCGGACAAUAUAGGUUUGAUUUCUGGUCUUCAACGUAUUGACCUGAGUAUGAAUCUUCUGGAAGGGAAAAUACCAUCCUCUAUAGGCCAACUCAGGGAGCUCCAGUACCUUGAUCUUAUAGACAAUUCCUUGGACUCUUCAAUCCCUUCUGAACUUGGUCUUUUUGCUGACAAAUCUGAUAGAUUUGGAUCUUUCAGAAAACCAGCUGUCAGGGCUCCCAGCGAUUUUGGCAAGUACAGGGCAUUGCCUGAGUGCUUGAAAAAUUGUUCGGCAUUGGUGAGUGGGCAUUUUGAAGGGAACAAAUUCACCGGAAACAUUACAAAUGCAUUUGGCGUUCAUCCCAGUCUUGAAUUUAUUUUGCUUAACAACAACCAGUUUGUUGGUCAGCUCUCACCACACUGGGGACAAAGCAAAAAUUUAACUGUACUUAUGAAUAUGGGUAAAAAUAGAAGUUCGGGUUCAAUACCAUCCGAGCUUGGGCAGUUGAGACAAUUGGAGUAUCUAAGGCUUGAUGGGAACCGAUUCACUGGAAACAAUACAAAUGCAUUUGGUAUUCAUCCCAGUCUUCGGUUCAUUGAUCUUAGUGACAACCAGUUUGUUGGUAGACUCUCACCACAGUGGGGAAAAUGCAUAAGCAUCACGGACAUGCGUAUGGGUAGAAAUAAAAUUUCUGGUCGAAUCCCACCUGAGCUUGGGCAGUUGAGACAACUGGAGUAUCUAAGCCUUGAUUCCAAUGAAUUCAGCGGAGAGUUGCCAGAUGCAAUGGGAGACCUAUUCUGGAGUGAUGCCAUGGAGUCUAGAAAAACUGACUCAGCUUCAGCUACUCUAUUUGUCCGAGAUCCUGCCUCAGGUAAUCAAAACUUUGAGAGUUUUGAAUCAAUAAUAUUGCAAGAGGAAGUAAAAUUUACAUUUGCGGAAGCUGUGAAGGCUGUAGAUGACUUUCAUGAAAAGUACUGCAUUGGCAAAGGAGGGUUUGGAAAGGUUUACAAGGCAGGGUUCAAAUCAGGCCAAGUUGUUGCAGUUACGACGAUUAACAUGUAA